AGCCGACAAAGCUGUGGGCGGGCGGUGAGGGCUGCGCGUGCGCAGUGCGGGCGGUGGAGGCGCGCUUGUGGGGUGCGUGCGGUACCUGAGGGCCCCGCCCCGCUUCGCCGAUCUCACGCUCGGAAAUGAGCUCGACCCCUUCCUGCAGAUGAGCGAGGCUCCUAAAGAUAUUUGAGUGCCCACUGAUGUUCUGGAAAGCUUUAGCAGGUGUCUGGCUGCCGCAGAGUGGGAAUCCUUAUGGCAGCUCAGAUCUGUCCCCAGAACGUUCCUGCCUCGUUCGCUGCACGGUUUUGUCAGCGCUGCAGCUGCUGGUGUAGUUCGAAAGUGAUCCUUUCCCCUGCACCAGUUGCAACUGCUGUGGUUGCUCAUCUGCUGCUGUGACCUGGCUUUUACACUUGGUAACUGGUAGGACUUCUCACCCUCCUUUAAGGCUUUUGCAGAAACGAGGUGCAGAGGUUGAUUUCACACAUUUGCCUUCUUUUUUUUUAAAUACCAUCUCUGCAUUUUGGGCUGUGGGGUGAUCAUGGGAAGGUUGAAAUUCUGAGAAAAGGCAAGGGGAGGUUAUUUUUUUUUGUGUGUGUGUGUAUUGGAAGCUCUGAAGCAUGAUAACGAUUUGUCUUGAUCUACCUUGAGUUCUCCAACAGCCAUCACUGACUUGUUUGAUCUUUGGAUUUUAACCAUACGUUGUGUCUUUGCAGACUUUGUGUCUACUCUGGUAGCUAAGAGCAGUUUUCACUGUAACUCCUGUCAUCAUUAAUCGUUGUUUAAAUUGUGUACAUCUGCAAGUAUACGUAGGGGCCUUCAGCCCUCCAAGUGGAAGGUUGACGUGUACUGUCAGAACUUGAUUUCAUUGGAGGUACAGGUAUAAGCUCUGCUUCAGUACAACACCCUCUCACCCCUAAAGCCUGCUGGCACAAGUAGCUGUAGCUGAAGGUGAUUGGUUUGGUGCUCUUACUGGACUGAUGAACUGCUAGACAUGAAGUCUAAUUCUCACCAUUUUCACAGUAAAGCCCUGCCACAAGAAUAAAAAUGAUUUUAAAAGAGCAGUUCAAUAAUUGCAAGCUUCUUCUUAGUACAUAGUAAAAAGUUUUUUACAUAAUAAAAAGAAAAGCUUGCAAUUAUUGAACUGUUCUUUUAAAAUCUUCGUAUCUUCAUUCUUGUAAUACUUUAUAUUGGUGCAAGAUUGGGUGAAACUGUGAUAGAUUAAACCAAGCAGCUGAAUAAAAUUCCAUGCACAUUCUUGCAUCAGGUUUACAGAGUUGAUUUCAGGCAGCCUCACAGACUGCUUGUAACCAUAUGCAAAUAUGGCAAGUAUAUAAUCAGAGAAGUCUGUGUCUAGUUCCUUCCUUGCCUGCAGCACUAAUUUUUGAGGGUUUUGUGUUCCUGUGUCCUAGAUUCAUAAAGCAGUUUGGAUGUUCUGUCCUGCAGCUGUGUUGUGUACUAAGUACUGUGCACUGCAAAACGCUUCUGGAGUACAACUAGAGGUGCAGACAUGAUUUGUAUGCCCUUUGUUUGUAAAUAAGGAGCUCUUCACAAAUUGCUUGCUCUGUCAUUCCAUCAGAAGACAGCUGGAUGCAACUCUUCCAUCCUUACUGUUGCACAAGUCUGUGAGUUUUUGUUGUAUGUAGUGGGCUGACAAGGUGGCUUGAAAGAAAAACAAACAAACAAACAAAGAAAAACAAAGCGGCAGAAGAUGUUUCACACUAUUCAGUAUCAACCUUGGAGACUGAUAACCCAAAACAGUCUUUCUAAAAUUUGUUUAAAGCUGAUGUUUUCAAGACUGGUAACAUUGGAACGGAUAUCAAAGUCAUGGUUCUCAAGCCAUUCUCUUGUUGGAAAUAAGAAUAUUAUCCUGAUGGGACCUCCUGGUGCUGGGAAAACAACAGUUGGGAGAAUAGUAGGUCAGAAACUAGAUUGCCCUGUCAUAGAUAUAGAUGAUGAUGUCCUUGAAAGAACCUGGAAUAUGAGUGUGUCAGAAAAACUGCAGGAUGUUGGUAAUGAGCAAUUUUUAGAGGAGGAAGGAAAAGCCCUUUUGAGGUUUUCAGCAUCUGGAAGUGUCAUUUCCCUUACUGGGUCCAAUCCAAUGCACACUGCUGGCAUGCAGCAUGUGAAAAGAAAUGGAAUAGUUGUGUAUCUUGAUGUGCCCACAGUGGUCAUUAUGAGUCGGCUGAAGUCAAUGAAAGUGGAUCGCAUUGUGGGCCAGGGUCCUGCUGCUUCUCUUAAGGACAUACUUCAGUUUAGGAAGCAGUUCUACAAAAGGUGGUACGAUGUUCGUGUUCUUUGUGGGGGCAAUAUGGCAGCAGAGGUUGUAGCAGAAAAGGUGCUUGAUGCUGUGAAGAGAUACCAAAACUCAGAAGUGGAAACUUAUGUUUCAACUAGGAGUACACAAAAGAACUCUCACAAGUAUUUCAGUGAUGUUGUUGUUGAAGGCUUAGCCUCAGAUGGAGGACUUUUUGUCCCUGAGAGAGGACUUCCAGUGUUGACUGCUGAAGAAUGGCAAACUCUAAUAGGAGCAACUUAUGCUGAAAGAGCCCAGGUGAUACUAGAGAGAUGCAUACAUCCUGCAGACAUUCCUGCUUUUAAACUGAGAGAAAUUAUUGGAACUGCAUAUGGAGAAAACUUUACUUGUUCUAAAAUUGCCCCAGUUAGACAUUUGACAGGCAAUCAGUUUCUCCUUGAGUUAUUUCAUGGACCAACGGCUUCAUUUAAAGAUCUUGCGUUGCAGAUGAUGCCACAUAUAUUCGCGUACUGCAUUCCCAGGAGCUGCAAUUACUUGGUUCUGGUAGCUACUUCUGGUGACACAGGGAGCGCUGUCUUAGAUGGCUUUAGUCGUCUCCAUGACACUGACAAACAGAGAAUUGCUGUGAUGAGUUUUUUUCCUGAAGAUGGAAUAAGCCCAAUUCAAAAAUCACAGAUGAUUGGUUGUCAGAAAGAGAAUGCCUGGUCAGUAGGUGUCAAAUCUGAUUUUGAUUUUUGCCAGACUGCUAUGAAGAAAAUCUUUACCAACUCGGAUUAUACUGGCUAUCUUACAGUAGAGUAUGGCACUGCUUUAGCAGCAGCAAACUCCAUAAACUGGGCACGAUUGCUUCCUCAGGUGGUUUACCAUGCCUCUGCAUACCUCGAUCUUGUUCAUCAAGGUGUUAUUACGUUUGGAGACCCCGUAGAUGUUUGCAUUCCUACAGGGAACUUUGGCAAUAUAUUGGCUGCCUUGUAUGCCAAAAUGAUGGGAAUCCCUAUUAGAAAAUGCAUUUGUGCUUCCAAUGAAAACAAUGUUUUGACAGACUUUAUAAGAACAGGUAUUUAUGAUUUGAGGGGAAGAAAAUUAGUUCCAACUUUUUCACCAGCAGUGGAUAUUUUGAAGUCCUCCAAUCUUGAGCGAUACUUGCACCUGAUUGCUGAUGGUGAUGGACAGCUGGUGACGCAGUUAUAUAACUGGCUGGAAAAUCAGGGCCACUUUUGCCUGCAGAAAGACCUACUUGAGAAGCUUCAGCGGGACUUGGUGGCUGGGUGGUGCUCUGAGGAAGACUGCCUUGCUGCCAUUCACUCUGUCUACAGCACUACAGGAUAUAUUCUGGAUACACACACAGCUGUUGCUAAAGUAGUUGCAGAUCGAUUACAAGAUAGAACUUGUCCAAUUAUUAUUUCAUCUACAGCUCAUUAUUCUAAGUUUGCACCUGCUAUCUUGAGGGCCUUGAGGAUUACAGAAAUAAAACAAAACCCAUUAAGUCAGCUUCACUUGCUGAGUUCUUACAGCCCUCUGCCUCCAGUCCACUGGGGCCUAUUAGCGACCCUGAAAAAGAAUGAGAAUGAGGGUCACCGGGUCUGUGCUGCUGAUUUAAGUAUGUUGAUGUCUUGUAUAGAAACCUUAAUUCAAAAUCAUUUUAUGAAAGUUUUCUGAGCAACCGGUCGGAUGUAUACUGUGUCAUUUGUGGUACCCUGACAAACUGCAUGUUUUAAUAAAGUCAUGAUUUAUCUGGCCUGUGUCCAGUUCACAGCGUAACAUCCACAGCUGUAUACUCAAUUGUCUGAUCUUCAGCAGUAUUCUUAUUCUUAUGCAUGUGAGAUUUCUAGUAGCGCGGAACAGUUCUGAAUGGAGAGACUGGAAGCUUGGAGUGUUCUUGCAGUGCCUUAGGGACAGCAGCAUAGCAGGUUUUUCUUGGUAGCACUGUCUCCUUCACAAGCUGAAGCAUUCUCCCCUGAAGGAGGGAGGUAAUGAAGUCUGACCUGAAGCUAACGGCUCUAGUUUUGUGGCAAGAAUGAUGAGAUCACCUGACCAGGAGGAGAUCAAUUAAAGUUUAACUCACUUCACUUAGGACGCCAAAACACAGUAAGGUAGCGAUGAUGCUCAGAUAUUACCAGUGAAGUGUGAUUUCACUAUAAAGAUUAAAGCAUACGUAUUCUGUUAAUCUUUGAACUGUGUUAUUUUAUGGUAUGCUACUUUCUUGUAUGAUGUUCUUUUUAUGUUUUGUGAAGCCAACAUUUGUGCAAAACAUCUGGUUAUUUUGUUUUUCAGACAUCUUUCUUAUUCCUUCCAGAUGUUUUUCUGCAUAUUGAUGGUGUCCUUUCUUUAAUAUUUAUAACUUUUGAGAUACAGCUCAUCCUCUAGUGUGCCAGUAGUCUUUUCUAGAUCUUUUCUAGUUUAACUUUUUGACAUUAGAAUACUUCUUUAAUGCUAUUGACUAGUGUUAGCAUCAGUCUUCCUAGAUAAGAUCUAAACUUAAGUAUUUAUUUACAUUUAUUUAUUGUAUUCUAUUUUUUUCAUAGAGUUCAUAUAGCUUUCUUUUUCUAAUUCCUUCUGUUGACAUGUGUACAUUUUUUAGAUAAUGUUCUCAACAUUCUGUCUUUGCAUGAAUUACAGCGAAGAAGUGUCUCAGAGGUCUUGGUAGCUCAUCAAGUAAAGUGAAGGAUGAACUUCAAUGCCUGGCAAAUGCAAUAGCAUCAGAGGUAUUCAUUGUGCAGCCUGAAGUAGGUCUCUGCUAACAGUCUGUCUGUGCUAAUGACAGGCUCUGUGCUGGUUGUUUUUUUUUAGUUGUUUUAUUUUUUAAUUUAAAAAAAAAUAGAGUGUAUUGCCUGAGGAGAUUGUAUGGUUGUGGGCAAUCUUACUCUGCUAAUUGUGGACUAUAUUUAUCAAGAGCAGGAAAUAUAUCUACAUUUCAUGCUAUGAGAAAUACUAAGAUAAGGUAUUGGCAAGUUGUGAUUGGCAGCCAGUUACAGGUAGAGAACUGGGAGAAGUCAGAUGGGAGUGUGUACACCAAGAUUCAGAAGGAGAAAGGUAUUGGCAAGAGAGGUGGUAAUUGGUGACAUUUUGCCUCUUUGAGAAGCAGCAUCUCGUUUAUGUCAGGACUUGAUCUCUUGCCAAAAUAUAGAGACAAAACAGUGCACGUAGAAUCAUGCCUUCCCUUCUGUUGUGUGUCUGCUUGUACUUCCUGCCACAUCAGAGGUGCAGAAAACACUAUUCAGCAAACUACUUGAAAAAAUUCUCCAUUUAUGUAAUGUUCCAUUGUAAACUGAAAGACCCAACAUGAUGUGCAUUUGCCACGGUGAAUAUGUUGUAUAAUAAAGUUAUAUGUAGCUGAUAAAGGUGUGAGUGACCAAAUAGCUUUUUGGGUGCUGCCAUUUUUGGAUGCCCUUCCAAGAUCUGUCACAUUACUUUUUUUGUUCAGACCUUAUUUCUGCAGUAACUUCAGAAAAUCUUUUUCUAACAUGAGAAUGAUCAUAGAAUAUAUGAUUUUAAAAUGUUGUGUAAGUAUACUGCCAAAAAAGAAGCAAUGUGUUGGUGAUUAGAGUCCAUCUACUUUGCAUUUCUGAAUUUAUCACUUUGGUUCUUACAUUAGUCCCAAGUGUAACACUACAAUACAUGAGUUCUAAAUUUCUAAAGUUU